AUGGAAAUUAUUAAUGCUAACAUUAGCCAUUUUGACAAACUCGAGACGACAAACGAGGACAAUACAAUUGCGGUUCAAGUCGCUCAGGUGCUCAGACAGCUGUAUGCGUUUGACCCAGAAUCCACAUUCCUGCUCGACUAUGCUUCUGGUUCAGGACCCCUGUCCCGCAACCUCGCGGCAUCGACCCGGCAGAUUUUGGGUGCAGACAUCUCCCAGGGCGUCGUAGACAGUUAUAACAGACUUGCAAGGGAACAGGGACUCUCUCCGGACAAAGUUCAGGCCAUUCGUGUCCAGCCAUUUGUCCCCACCUCCAACACCUCUACUGCUCCCGACGGCGGAAUAGCCGAAGCAGCAAACCGUCUGGAAGAAGAGCUCCAACUUGCUGGUCGCAAAUUCGACGUCGUCCUCUGUGCAAACGCCUAUCACCAUUUUCCAGACAUUGACCUCGUCACAAGGCUUCUAGUCUCGGUGCUUAAACCAGACACGGGCCGUCUAUUUGUCGUCGAUCUUUCGGAAUACAAACGACCACAUGGUGCUGGUCAUCAUCAUCACGGACACCAUCAUGCACACCACCAUCCUCCCUCUGCCGGACACUCGCAUGACCCAGAACCGUUUACGGGCCCGACCGUCGCACAUACCGGCGGUUUUACGUCGUCUCGCAUUCAAUCUUGCUUUACUAAUGCAGGGCUUUGUGAUUUCCAGUUUGUUGAUUCUGCAGCAACGGCGGAGAUGGGAGGAGGCAAGGCGACAUUCUUCAUCGCCUCUGGGCGUCGAGAUGAAACGUUCCUCAAUGGCCCAUUACCCGGGUGGCUAUACCAGAUUCUAUUCAGUGUAUUCGUAAUCUCUGAAUGUAGCCGUCACCAUUUGCUUCCCCCUCUUAAGCUCACCAAAUCCAACUUGACCCUCUUCUUCAAUCUGGCCACCUUGUUGUCCUCCCCCUCGUCGCUGCUUGCGCGCACACAAGCACGAGCACUUGCAAGACUAUCAACGCGUUCAACAAUCUCUGUGAUUACUUUGUUCACGACGUCGACAACGUCCACCGCCGCUGUCAAUAGGCUAGCCCAGCUUCAGAAGUCGUUUGCGACCAUGCCGCCGAUUACACAUCCUACGCAGGAAAGAUAUGAUUAUGUGGUAGUUGGAGGAGGAAGCGGAGCGUCUGGAACUGCCCGUCGCGCUGCCAUCUAUGGCAAAAAAGUUGCCGUGGUCGAAGCGACUGGUGUUCUCGGAGGAUGCUGCGUCAAAGUUGGAUGUAUUCCCAAAAAGAUCAUGUGGUACGCCGCCGACAUGGCGGACAAGCUCCGACUUGCAACAGCCUACAACUAUUCACCCGUUCAACCCUCAUUUGACUGGCAAACGUUUAAACCACGCCGCGAUGCUUACGUCAAACGACUGACCGAAGCCUACGCUCGCAACUUUGGUAAAGACGGCGUCGAGUAUCACGACGGCUGGGGACGCUUGCUCGACAAGAAUACAGUCGAGGUCACCCGCCACGACGGCUCGACGUAUACCCUCAGCGCGGAUUACAUUACCAUUGCAACAGGUAGUCGUCCGGCUGUUCCUAAGGACGAGGAGAUUCCCGGUGCACACCUCGGUAUCACGAGCGAUGGCUUUUUCGAUCUCGAGACGCAGCCAAAGAAGAUUGUCAUCGUUGGUGCGGGUUACAUUGCGCUUGAGCUCGCAGGCGUGCUCAAUGCUCUCGGCACCGAGACGCACUUGGCGAUCCGAUACGAGACGGUGCUGAGGACGUUUGACCCGAUGAUUCAGACUACGAUCACGGAUUGGACCGAGCACACUGGUGUCAAGAUUCACAAGAACACCAAGGUUGUCAAAGUCGAGGGUACCAAGCAAGGUGAACCCGUGACGGUGCAUUUUAAUACUGGAGAAAAGAUUGAGAAUGCCGAUUAUAUCCUCUGGGCUGUCGGUCGUGAGCCCGUCACCGAGGACUGUGGGCUCGACAAGGUAAACAUCAAGACGGAUGCAAAGGGCAACAUCCUCGUCGACGAAUGGCAGGCGACCAACGUCCCCAACAUCUUCUCGAUUGGAGACUGUCAGGGCAAGGCUCUCCUCACUCCAGUCGCCAUUGCCGCUGGUCGCAGGAUCUCGAACCGCUUGUUUGGUCCGGAAAAGUUCAAGGAGGACAAGCUUUCUUAUGAGAAUAUCCCUACAGUUGUCUUUUCCCACCCGCCGAUUGGCACUGUCGGGUUGACCGAGCCAGAAGCGCGCAAGAAGUUUGGUGAUGAAAACGUAAAGAUAUACAAUACAAGGUUCAAAUCCAUGUUCUUUGAUUUCGCAGACGAAGAUCACCGUGAACCAACCGUCUACAAACUCAUCGUCACUGGAGAAGAAGAGAAGGUUGUCGGGUUGCAUAUGGUUGGCGCCGGGAGUGAUGAGGCACUUCAAGGCUUUAGCGUUGCCGUCAAGAUGGGAGCUACGAAGAAGCAAUUUGAUGAUACCGUCGCCAUCCAUCCCACUUCUGCAGAAGAAGUCGUCACUUUGCGAUAG